CUUAUAUUUGAACCAAAAUUUAUUGAUAAAUUUAUCGAUAUGGGGAAUAAAGGAUCGAUUGGGUCAAGCAUAAAAAAGCAACCACGAAUUGAUUUAUCCGAUAAUGAAGCUUCCAGCUCCCGACAACUUACAAGGAGAACUAGUCAAUCGAUGCUUUUAAAAAAUCCUAGGCCAAGUAUAAGCAGUCAGGGAAGGAAGGUUUCGGCACUUGGUCUGUCGCAACGGCAAAUUGUGAAAGAGUGUAUGGACAAAGCGAAAGAUGAUAUUGCAGAAAGAAUAUAUCGUCGAAUUACAGAAAAACGAGACGAUUUCCGAAAAUUUGUUGAAGCACUUCCUGAGGAGCAACGAUGUGAAUUAGCAAGUUCAUUACGCAACUAUCUAAAAAAUGUCGUAAAUCAGCUUACGGAUAGGGCAGCGGUACAACGGAUUUCAGAAGAUUUUGGUGCACGACACGUACAAUAUCGUUCCUUUGGCUUUCGGCCGGAUUUCUUUGCUAUUACGGCAGAUGCGGUUACGACUGAAUGUGUUUUGUUAGAUGCUGCGAUACAUUCGGCAUCUGAAGCUUUGUUUGCUUGGUCAACACUGACAACGUUCAUGUUCAGUUUCGUACGUGAUGGAUAUUACAGUGAACAACGACGACUUCGUAGAACGUCACAACAAUAUAUAAAUCGUGGUAAAAUUUCUUUAUCCAGUGCAUUGAUCGAAACAGUAAAACAAUUCGACAAUGAACGAAGGAAGUAAGCAAUUUCACUUUAACUUGAAAGAUGAAUUGGCUGCCGAAUAAAAAGUAUUCCGAAUGAAACUGGACAGGUGAUCAAAAAUGGCCAAGAAUUUCAAAGCAGUGGUACUGAAAGAACGAACAUGUAAAAAUGUGAAAUACAGACAAGGAGAUUCCGCAAAUCUCAGAAGGAGGAUGUUUAAGACCCAAAAGAACUGAUAGAGGCAUCAAAGGAACUUGAUAGAACGGUCUCCAACACUUUCAUUGUAUUUUCUUUCGGAAUUUUGAUUUUGAUAUACGUAAUAUACGUACAUAUUUCAGUUUUCCAUCUAAUUGCCCAUCUUACGUCGAAUAUGAUGUUGAUAAAAUGAGUGGGUUGAAAAUUGAUAACAGCACGACAAAAAAGAUGGAAAAGGAAGAAAUACAGUCACAAUCAGCAGGAACAACAGCUACAGCAGGAAAAGUAGAAAUGUCCGACACAGGAAAGGAAUCAAAAGACUAGGUUCAGGAUGAGGGAGAAACAAUGUCUAGAAACAAAUAUACGCGAUCAGAUGUCCACAGAUAGUUCAGGAUAGCAUUCAUUGCUCGUCGUAAUUCUACUAUCUAUGAUAUCAAACUGAUGUGUAUGCAUAUGUAAUUGUAGUAAUUGUGGCUAUAAAUAUGUGAAUAAAAU